AUAACACAUGUGUUUGAAUUGAUGGACAAAUUGUAAACAAAUAACAGAUAUUAAAAUUAAUAGUAGUAUUGAUGACAAUGGUAUCGACAAUGUUGUUGAUGGCUAAGUGUUUGGGAUCUCCUUUGAAUAACACAAUCAAAGUGUCGAUACCAAGACUCAAAUUUGAUACCUUCUUCAACAUGUAUUUCAGAGAAAAUGAACAAUUAUUGGUCGACGACAACAAACUUAAGUGUAAACCCGGGGAUUGGCUUAUUAUCAGACAACUGGACCAACCGUUAAGCCUAAGAGUCAACCAUCGGGCAGAAAAAGUUGUCUACAGAGCCGGCCAUUUGGUCGACCCGUUGACUGGCAAACAGUCGCUCGGAUACGAGUAUGUUUCAGAUGCCGACCGACAGUCGCAUAUCUUUGGUCUCAAACCACCAAAAGACAGGAUUUAGACAAAUAUUAUAUUUGUUUA